AUGAAUCCUCGGAGAGCAUAAUCAAGUGGAAAUAGAGCUUCGUCUGCUGUUAAGCGAGUUGCUAUGCCGAAUGGGUACACAUUGUACAAUUAGAGCGGGCAGAAAUUUCAUUUACCCAAUAUGAAGAAGUACUGCAGUUAUAUGAAUGUAAAAGUGCAUCGCAACGUUCUAUCGAAGAGACUGAGUAUAGGGCUAAAACAUCAACAUUAUAGCCCAUGCAUAGCGAGGUAUAGACAAUAGUGCAUCAAAGACCAUAGAGUACCAUAGAAGUAAAAUAAAUUUGAAAUUGAAUUAGACUCCUGCAGUAAUGAUGAAUAAGUACAUCAAUUACAGAAUAGCAUAGCCAUAUUCAUGCACAGUGGAUGUGAAUGCGCGUCUAUGGGAAGCGAGUAAAAACACAACCAUAGGAUUGAAAAGAGUUUCUUCUGCUGUCAAGAAAGAGGAGACUGAAUAUCAAUUGGAUUGCGAAACGAUAAGCGGCACUCUGAAACCCUAUGAAUUUCUAUCCUCUCUCGGAGGCAAGAUGAUUUCAAAUGAACCCUCCAAAUAAUAAUCAAUUGAUGUUUCCAGAUAAAAUAAUGCAUAGCAACCUCGUCCCUAAACUGUGACAUCAAUUGGAAAGAUGGACUUCACUAUUAUUUAAGAACAAUAGCAGAGACUACAAUCUGCUCAACAAACAUUAUCAAGACCACCAAUUUCUAAACGACCUAUGACAUCUAUUCAGAGACCUCAAUCUCAGGCUUUUGAGGUAGCCGAAAGCAAAAGAGUCAAAUAAGAUCGCAUCCAAAGUGCUACUCUUGAUGUAUUUCAAAAGCCUGUUCAAAAACAUAAAAAAUAAAUUACAGACAUGAUCGACUAAUAAGUUCUAAGACCCCAAAGUAAUUGGAGUCAUCAAAGGCCUCUCUCCUCAAAAACAACUGCCCCACAAUCCUUCUUCAAGAUAUACACUAAAUUCACUAAUGUCAGUGCUCUUGAUCUACCUUAUGAAGAACUCUUCGAUAGAAAUGAAAGAACAGUGGCAGCUACAUUUGCAAGAUUCGGUGAUCUAGGCUAUUAUUCACCAAUCCAGAGAAUUGGAGUUUAUAUGCAAUUUUCAGCAAAGUUGAAAAAGGAACAUUUGCUCAAAAUUAUCGAUUUGUAAAAAACAAUGAGUUCAGCUGAAAAGAGUGAUGGAGAAGUACCCAUCUAAUUGGCUAUUGUGAAUGAACUGUUUCCAAAAUAAGGAAGAGACAAAACAGGUAUCAAUUCAGGAGCUAAUGAUGCCUUGACAAGAGAACCAGUGUCACUUUGUUUAUAUCCUGAAUACUUUGAUGACAAUGAUGAAAAUAUAGAUCAAAUGGAAUUGUCUCUAAGGAAAUUCAAUGAGAUGCUAGCUGAAAUGAAUGGCAAUUAUGAUCCAUCACUUUUAUGCAAAGACUAUUACAUUCACAUAGGUAGAGAGUUCUGGCCAGAAAACAUUCUCAAAGAAGUACUCAUCUCUGAAGAAAGAUAUCGUAAUUACCUAUCUGGUGAUCAUAUAAGAAAUGACGAAGUUCCAAAAUUCAAAAGAGAAUGGAUUUUAAAUGCAUUCAAUUUGAUUAAACCAGAAUUAUUACGCAAUGAAGAUUGCUCAAGAUUUAUUGUUAAGGAGAUAUUGGAAUUGUUUAGAGAAUACAUGAAGAGAGCAAUGCUCGAUUAUAUACUUAGGUCUCCAGAGGAAAGAAAGAGACUCCAUAUCACAUUACUCCCAAGAACUUUCAUACAUUCAGCCUAAAGAAUAGCCAGAGAGGGAGGCUACAAUAUGAAAUUAUUCCCAGAUUGGCACGAUUUCGUAUAGCGAGGGAAGGAUUUCUGCAAAAACAACCUUACACUCAUAUCGACAAUCAAUUAAGGAUUGUCUGAUUGGAUCCAAGAUUUCAGCAGUUUUAAAUUAUGUGAUUUAAGCAAGAUGAAAUAAGUGGCUCGAUUGGGCUAUACCUUUACCUUCCAGGAAUUCCAAAGGGUUCAAACUAUCUACAAAUUGAAUGUUCUGUGUCUCUUAGAACACGUUUGGUUUAGAGGAGUCAUGCUAAUAAUUAAGCUCCAGAAGUUCUUAAGGUAGAAGCAAUACAAAAGUUCAUGGACUAUUACUGGGCCAAAGUUUAAAUAAUAAUCAUUACGAUAAACAGUGCUUGAAAUCAUCCCAGAGGAAGAUUUUAUCGAUGAGGAUAACGUGAUUUAUAAGGGUGAGGACAACUCUUGCUACAUAUCCAUCAAGGAAGCCUUACAAUUCUAUGCUUCCAAAACAACCCAACCGUACAAUUUUGAUCGUUUCAAAGAUUCAUGCCAAGCACUCAAUGCCUUUACAGAAUACCAUGUAAUGUUACAAAACCCAAAUCCCAUUGAGUCAGAUAAGUUGUCUUAAUUCCAAUUGGAGGAUGUUAGGUAANAUUCGGUGAUCUAGGCUAUUAUUCACCAAUCCAGAGAAUUGGAGUUUAUAUGCAAUUUUCAGCAAAGUUGAAAAAGGAACAUUUGCUCAAAAUUAUCGAUUUGUAAAAAACAAUGAGUUCAGCUGAAAAGAGUGAUGGAGAAGUACCCAUCUAAUUGGCUAUUGUGAAUGAACUGUUUCCAAAAUAAGGAAGAGACAAAACAGGUAUCAAUUCAGGAGCUAAUGAUGCCUUGACAAGAGAACCAGUGUCACUUUGUUUAUAUCCUGAAUACUUUGAUGACAAUGAUGAAAAUAUAGAUCAAAUGGAAUUGUCUCUAAGGAAAUUCAAUGAGAUGCUAGCUGAAAUGAAUGGCAAUUAUGAUCCAUCACUUUUAUGCAAAGACUAUUACAUUCACAUAGGUAGAGAGUUCUGGCCAGAAAACAUUCUCAAAGAAGUACUCAUCUCUGAAGAAAGAUAUCGUAAUUACCUAUCUGGUGAUCAUAUAAGAAAUGACGAAGUUCCAAAAUUCAAAAGAGAAUGGAUUUUAAAUGCAUUCAAUUUGAUUAAACCAGAAUUAUUACGCAAUGAAGAUUGCUCAAGAUUUAUUGUUAAGGAGAUAUUGGAAUUGUUUAGAGAAUACAUGAAGAGAGCAAUGCUCGAUUAUAUACUUAGGUCUCCAGAGGAAAGAAAGAGACUCCAUAUCACAUUACUCCCAAGAACUUUCAUACAUUCAGCCUAAAGAAUAGCCAGAGAGGGAGGCUACAAUAUGAAAUUAUUCCCAGAUUGGCACGAUUUCGUAUAGCGAGGGAAGGAUUUCUGCAAAAACAACCUUACACUCAUAUCGACAAUCAAUUAAGGAUUGUCUGAUUGGAUCCAAGAUUUCAGCAGUUUUAAAUUAUGUGAUUUAAGCAAGAUGAAAUAAGUGGCUCGAUUGGGCUAUACCUUUACCUUCCAGGAAUUCCAAAGGGUUCAAACUAUCUACAAAUUGAAUGUUCUGUGUCUCUUAGAACACGUUUGGUUUAGAGGAGUCAUGCUAAUAAUUAAGCUCCAGAAGUUCUUAAGGUAGAAGCAAUACAAAAGUUCAUGGACUAUUACUGGGCCAAAGUUUAAAUAAUAAUCAUUACGAUAAACAGUGCUUGAAAUCAUCCCAGAGGAAGAUUUUAUCGAUGAGGAUAACGUGAUUUAUAAGGGUGAGGACAACUCUUGCUACAUAUCCAUCAAGGAAGCCUUACAAUUCUAUGCUUCCAAAACAACCCAACCGUACAAUUUUGAUCGUUUCAAAGAUUCAUGCCAAGCACUCAAUGCCUUUACAGAAUACCAUGUAAUGUUACAAAACCCAAAUCCCAUUGAGUCAGAUAAGUUGUCUUAAUUCCAAUUGGAGGAUGUUAGGUAAUAGCAAGAUGAAAAACUAUAUAAGAAAUUAGAAAAGGAAUAAAGGAAGGCAGUCACAUCCAAUGCUACCGUGUUAUUGCAAUUGCAACUUAGAGGUUACAUAGAUAGAUCUUUACAGCAUUUUGAAUAGCACAUUAUCAAUAUCGAAAUUCCUAAAUAAUAUAAUAUCGAACUCAGCGAUACUAAUUUUACUAGUUUGAUCCAGGCUUUUCAAAGUAUGAAAGACAGGGAAUUCAUACCUCCAAAAUGGAAUUUACUCACACAACCUUAUGAUCCUUUCAUCCGAUUGGAAUUGGUAAUGGAAAAUGAGUUUGUUAAGUUGAAGGAGAACGAAGAAUCUGUUAGGAAUGAAUUUGUGGAUGCCUUCAGAAGUAUCAUAAUCUCAUUUGAUAAAUUCCUGCAUCCAAAAUUUGCCAAAGUCACUUACAAUCCCAAAGAGACCAUCUAACCAGUUCCAUUAAGAAAUUUCUAGUUUAAUUUUGACCAAGACAUGGGAGGUAUGACUAAAGAAGAUUUCUAGAAGUUCUUCAAGUCUUUUUGGCCACAAGUGAAAGUGGAGGAAAAGCAAUAGAAAGAACAUCCAGAACUUUUGUUGGCAUCUGAGGAAUAGAGAGAAGUGUAUUAAGAGAAAAAGUAUAUGACAGUUGCAUCAAUAGAAGAAGGGUGCUAUUUGGUUUAAGAAGCCAGAAUAUUAAAACAUGUUAGUGAACAUUACAAAAAAACUCUGCAGGUCAUUGACUAUUUCUAACAGUUCACUUAAUUCUUCAACAAAGUCUAUGAAAAGGAAAUCAAAUCAUUAAAGAAAGCCAUCUCAAAUGAAGAAUUCAAAAUGUAUAUGGAGAUUCUCAAUAAAUAUAAAAGUUUGUUGGAUAAAAUUCCAUCAACCAUUCAAUUCCCUCUAUUUUAAGUAAAUUGUGAGUCUGUGUGUUCCAAUGUCAAAUAAAUGAUCAAAGAAUACAAGGAUAGAUUGUUCAUUAAUUUUGAAUCUGUUUUGAUAGAUCAAUCUAAAGUGAUAUCUGAUAGGUACUUGCAGAUUAGUACCUACAUCAGAAGAUCACUUAAAACACCUGAGGAUGUGGAAGCCAUGGACAAGUACAUUACAGAUGUUGGGCAAGAGAGAGUGAAGAUAAAAACCAAUACGACAGAUAUCUUUAUUAAAGUUAUGUUUUUAUUGAAGCAAGAUUACGUUAUUAGUGAACAGUUACUAUUGUUAUCGGAAGAAUUGUAUCAUAGACCAGCUCAACUUGACAAGGAGUUGAUUGAAUAGGAGGAGAAACAUCAAAUUGAGAGAGGCAGAUUAGAGGAAGAACUUAAGAAGCAGAGAUCUCAAUUUGAGGAGAGAGUCGCUAAGUACUGUGUUGAAAUUAAAAAUCUUGACUCAUUCACUGAAAGAUCGUAAUACAAAGGAUAUGUUAAGGACAUAGAAGAAUUUGAACAGAGAUUGGCUGAUGCUGCUGCAGAAAUGCAAGAGAUUAUAUAAAAGGAAUUGACAUUAUUCGGAUAUCCAUCUCAAUUUGAGAAUUUCGUGAAUUUGCAAACUUAAAUAUAGCCUUAUUCAGAAAUGUGGAAAUCAAUAGGCUUGUAUAUGGAACAAAAGAAGAAAUGGAUGAAUGGCCCUAUUAUGGAUGUUAAUUACGGUGAUGUAGAGACCAUCUUGAAGAAUCAAAAAAAGGGAAUAGUCAAACUCAGCAAAUUGUUUAAAUAGAAUAGUAUUCCAUUCAGAGUCUUGGGGGAGUUCACAGAGGAUGUUGAAAUCAUGAGUUAAAACAGUAAGACUUUAGAAGUUCUCUCCAAUCCAGGUUUACGUGAAAGACAUUGGAAAUCAGUUUAAACUAUAGUAACAUAGACUUUCAACUACAAGGAAGUGUCUUUGAGGGAGUUGAAUAAUUGGAAGAUCGUAGAGUUUAUUAGAGAUGUGGAAGAAAUUUCAGAAAAUGCAAGCAAGGAAUUCACCCUAGAAAAUGCAUUGGUCAAAAUGAAAAAGGAAUGGGAUAGCAUUAAAUUGGUUGUUUUGAAUUACAAGGGAAGAGGAGUUCUUAUCUUGUAGGGACAAUGCGUAGAGGAAAUACAAACCUUAUUGGAUGAUCAUGUCAUUAAAUCCUAAACAAUCAGAGCUAAUCCCUUGAUUAAAUUCAUGGAGGAAGAUGCCAUAAGAUGGGAGAAAUUAAUGAUGUUUAUUUAGUAAAUCUUAGAUUUGUGGAUUAAGGUGUAAGGUAUGUACCUAUAUUUGGAACCAAUUUUCAGUUUUGAAGAUAUAAUAAAGACAUUGUAUGAUGAGAGUGAGAAAUUCAAGAAGGUGAGUAGUAAUUGGAAUUUAAUUACAAAGGCUGUUGAAAUGGAACCGUUAGCAUUGAACUUAGAGAAGAUUCCAAAUUUAAUGGAUAUCUUAUAAACAUCAUUAAGAUUAAUAGAGGAAAUACAGAAGGGAUUAGAGAACCAUUUGGAAAUUAAGCGAUUGGAAUUCCCACGCUUCUUCUUUUUAUCAAAUGAUGAUUUGAUUAACAUCUUGGCAGAGACGAGAGAUCCACUCUUGGUGUAACCUCAUAUGAGAAAGUGUUUUGAGGGAAUUGAGGAGUUAAUUUUCAAUUCAAAUACAGAUAUUUUAGGAAUGAAAAGUGUUGAAAAGGAAGAAGUCAACUUUGAUAAUAAGGUAUCUCCUAGAGAGUUCAAGAAUUGCGUUGAAAAAUGGUUGCUAAAGGUAGAAGAAGAAAUGAGGAACAGCAUUUCUCAUUUAAUUAGAUAAUGCUUUGGAGAAUUACAAGAAUUACCAGUGUUAAUCAAAUGGAUUCGUAGAUGGCCUGGCCAAUGUGUAUUGGCUUGUGCAUGCAUUAAUUUUACUAAUUAGAUCGAAAGUACGAUAAGAUCUGGAAAGACACUGAAUAAAUUUGGGAGUGACAGAGUUAAUCAUUUGAAUGAGAUUGUGUCUUUGGUAAGGGAAUCUUAAUAAUAAAAUGAAAGAUAAUUGUUGUCCGCUUUAAUAGUUUUGGAAGUGCAUAAUAAUGAUAUUUUACAAGAUCUAAUAAAAUUGGAAAUGAAAGACACAAAUAUAUUUGAAUGGACUUCAUAAUUGAGAUAUUACAUGUAGGAAGACACAAGUGUUUCAGUCAAGAUGGUCUAAACCUCUAUUCCAUAUGGAAAUGAGUAUUUAGGCAUAGGAAGCAGAUUGGUUAUUACUCCAUUAACAGAUAGAUGUUAUAGAACUCUAGUUGGUGCAUUACAUUUAAAUUUGGGCGGAGCACCAGAAGGACCCGCUGGUACUGGCAAGACAGAAUCCACUAAGGACUUAGCCAAAGCUGUAGCAGUAUAAUGUAUAGUAUUUAAUUGUGGUGAGGGAUUGAACACUCAUGCAAUGGCCAAGUUCUUUAAAGGCCUAGCAAGUGCUGGUGCUUGGUCAUGUUUUGAUGAAUUUAACAGAAUUGAAUUGGAGGUCUUGUCUGUCAUUGCAUAAUAAAUCUUAUAAAUUCAGUAAGCUAAAUCAAUGUCGAUUGAGUCAUUUUAAUUUGAAGGCACAGAAAUACAUAUUCAAUAAUCAUGCAACAUCUUUAUUACAAUGAAUCCUGGAUAUGCAGGUAGAUCAGAAUUACCUGAUAAUUUGAAAGCACUCUUUAGGCCAUGUGCUAUGAUGGUGCCAGACUAUGCUCUCAUUGCAGAAAUAUCUCUAUAUUCAUUUGGAUUUGUCGAGGCAAGAGCUUUGGCUAAAAAGAUAGUUGCUGUGUAUAAAUUAUGUUCAGAAUAAUUAUCAAGUCAAGAUCACUAUGAUUAUGGUAUGAGAGCAGUCAAAGCAGUUUUGACAGCUGCAUAGUUACUCAAACGUAAAUCUACUGAAAGAGAAGACAUUCUUAUAUACAGAGCCAUUGGUGAUAUCAAUUUACCAAAGUUCUUAACCAAUGAUGUGAUGUUAUUCAAUGGCAUUAUGAGUGAUCUCUUUCCAGAUGUCAAGGUGCAACCAGUUGAAUAUAAGAAUCUCCAAGAAGCUAUGAAUUCGGUCUUGUAAUCUUAGAACAUGCAGGUCGUACCUAACUUCAAAAGAAAAGUCUUAUAAUUAUACGAGAUGAUCAAUUGUAGACAUGGACUUAUGUUAGUUGGACAGACUAUGAGUGGCAAAACCUCUUGUUAUUAAGUAUUAGCGUCUACUCUAACCUACUGUCAUAAAAAUGGGUUAUAGGAUGAAAGGUGUGUUUAGUAUCAUGUGUUAAAUCCGAAGUCAAUAACUUUGAACUAAUUGUAUGGGUACUCUGAUCCUGUCAGUAAGGAAUGGACAGAAGGAGUACUGGGUGAAAUAUAUCGUAGAUGUGCUACAUCCACUUCUUAGGAUAGACAAUUUUUGGUAUUUGAUGGUCCUGUAGAUGCCGCAUGGAUUGAAAACAUGAAUACAGUCUUAGAUGAUAAUAAGAAAUUGUGUUUAAUGAGUGGAGAGACUAUUGCUAUGACUGAUAGAAUGACAAUCAUCUUUGAAGUUCAAGAUUUAACAUAGGCUUCUCCUGCAACUGUUAGUAGAUGUGGUAUGGUAUAUUUACAGCCUGAUCAACUGGGAUGGUUUAAUAUAUUUUUGAAAUAAUUACAAGAAAUUCAAAAUGUGGAUUAAGGCAUUCUCAUGAGAAUCUCAGAUCUCUUUGAAACCAUUGUGGAAAAAGCUCAAAAAUUCAUUAAAUAAAAAUGUCAUGAAUAUGAAUCUGUACCAGAAAACUCAUUUUGCAUUCAUACCUUAUCCAUGUUGAUUCAAUUGAUCUAAACAUAUCCUGAAGCUUUGAAGAAACAAGCAGAUCCUAGUAUUCUGAUUGAUGCAUUCUUCGUAUAUUCGGUUGUAUGGACAGUUGGCAGUUCUGUAGAUGAAAUAGGCAGAAAACAUUUUGAUUAAUAUCUCAAAAAACUAAUUAAGGAGCCUCUCAGAAAUGAGAAUAAAAAAGAUGUUGUCAUAAAAAUAGACAAGUAAUCCCAGAUUCCAGAAUUAUCAAAUACCAACAUCUAUGAUUUCUUCUAUGAUCCUGAAUUACUCAAGUGGAGAAUGUGGAAAGAAUUGCUUCAUGAUUCAAAAAUACCAGAAAAUAUAACCUAUUAAGAGAUAUUGGUAGAGACAUCUGAAUCUUUAAGAAUCACAUCACUUAUUGACAAAUGCAUAAAUCGUCACUCUCCAUUGUUGAUAAUUGGUCCAAGUGGGGUUGGUAAAACUUGUUAUAUCAGAAAACACAUAUCAUAGUUGUAAAACUACUUAAACAUAUUUGUCAAUUUCUCAGCUACUACAAGUGCUAACAAGACACAAAUGAUUAUUGAUUCUAAGGUAGAAAGGAAAAGAAAAGGUUUUUAUGGACCCCCAUUGGGAUUCAUCGGACUCAUUUACAUUGAUGAUUUGAAUAUGCCUGCCCCUGAUAAAUACGGCACUCAAGCUCCUUUGGAAUUGAUAAGACAGUUUUUAGGCACGAAAGGAUGGUAUGGAAAUGACAGAUAAUUUAUGCACAUAUUGGAUUGCAACGUUAUUGCAUCAAUGGGAUUGCCAGGAGGUGGAAGAAGCUUCGUUACAUAGAGAUUACUAAGGUUCUUUUAAAUUGUAUCCAUCGUAACUCCUGACACCAACAACAUUGUACACAUCUUCACUUCCAUUAUCUCUUGGCAUUUGAAUAAUAUUAAAAUAGAAAACACAGAUAAUGACAUUAGGAAGAGUUUCCAAUAUGCAAUCGAAGCUACAAUUGAUUUAUAUACAUAGAUUCGAGAUUAAUUGAAGGCAACUCCACGAAAAUCCUGGUAUAUCCUUAACAUGAGAGACAUCAGUCGAGUAGUUCAAGGGAUGACUCUGGUGAUAAAUUCAAAGGAAUUAUCACUUGAUCAUAAGAAAGUUUAGAGAUUGUGGCUUCAUGAAACCACAAGAACCUUUUUUGAUAGAUUGGAACAGGUUGAUCAUGAACAAUAUUCAAUGAUGUUGGCAAACUCAAUCAAACUAAAAUUAAGAGAUGAUCUAAAACACAUGAUUAAACCAUAUGAUGAUGUUGCAACCACUAAAUACAAUAUAAAAAGUUAUGUUUGGUCAGACAUUCUUUCAGAAGAACCAAAUGUUUCAGAAAGGAAAUACACUGAAGUAAUGUCGUCAACUAGAGUGUAUUCAAAAUUGCAAUUCUAUUUAGAAGAUCUUAAUUCCAAUACAAAAAAGCCAUUGAAUUUGGCCUUGUUUGAUUAUUGCGUUGACCAUCUCUUAAGAAUCCAAAGAGUCUUAAAUAUGACUUAAGGUCAUUUGUUAUUGAUUGGUUUAGGAGGAUCUGGAAGAUAGAGUCUCACUAGAUUGGCAUGCUUUAUUAGAGAAUAGGAAUUCUUACAAAUUGAGGUAGGCAAAGGAUAUACCUAUGAACAGUGGAAAGAAACAAUGUAGAAAUUAAUGAUAAAUGCUGGAGCAGACAAUAAGGAGAUAACUCUUUGUAUUUCUGAUUCAUAAAUCAAGAAACCAUUCAUUUUAGAGGAUGUUAAUAAUCUACUUAAUACAGGCGACAUUCCUAAUCUUUUUGGAUAGGAAGAUUUCAUUCCAUAGAUAGAUAAACUGAGAUUGAAAGCAAAGAAGGAAGGCAAAUAGUAGUUGUUUGAUAAUGGGAAUAAUGCUCAAUUCUAUGAUUAUUUUAUUGAAUGUGUCAAGAAGAAACUCCAUGUCGUUUUGGUUAUGAGUCCCAUAGGGGAUACUUUAAGAUCUAGAAUACGUAUGUUCCCAAGCAUUGUAAAUUGUGCAACGAUUGAUUGUUUCCAUUAAUGGCCUGAAGAUGCUUUAGAGGCUGUAGCUAGAAAGUUCUUAGAGGAUAUACAAAUCAAGGAUAGUCAAUAAAGACUGUUGGUAGCCUAGUGCAAAUAUAUGCAUUCAUCAUUAUAGACUAUUAGUGAGCAAUUCAAAGCCCAAGAAGGAAGACACAAUUACGUUACUCCCAGUAGUUAUUUUGAGUUAUUGAAGACAUUUUAAGCUGUUUUACAUGUAGAGAAGACUAAGUUGGAAGAUACUAGAAAUAUGUAUAAGAAUGGAGUCACAAAGCUUGAUUAAACUUCAGAGGAAGUUAAGAGGAUGGAGGCUGAAUUAAUUGAAAAAUAGCCUAAAUUAGUGGAAAUGAAUAUUGAAGCCAGUAAAUUGGCAGUUAUUAUCAAGUAAUAAGCAGAUGCUAUGGAACCUAAGAGAUUGUAAGUACAAGAAGAGGAAGCUAGAGUGUCAGAAUGUGUUAAGGAGGCUGAAAUUAUAAAUUAAGAAUGCGAGAAAGAAUUAUCUGUAGCAAAACCUAAAUUAAAGUAAGCAGAAGAAGCUUUAAAUACACUGUCUCCUGCAGAUAUUAAUUCAAUCAAGGCUAUGUUGAAACCCCCCAUCACAGUUAAACUAGUAAUGGAAUCUGUUUGUGUCUUGUGUGGAGUCCCUCCGAUCAGUAUGCCUAAGCCUGAGAAUCCCAAGGAAAGGUUUAUGGAUUAUUGGGAAGCGAGUAAGAAAUUUUUAGCAGACAAAGAUUUCUUAUAGAAACUGAUUGGUUAUGAUAAAAAUAAUAUAAAGCCUGAGAUUAUGCAGAAAGUCAGAAAUAAUUAUGUCUCCAAAAAGGAGGAAUUCAAUCCAAAAAGAGUUGAAAAGGCUAGUUCUGCUGCUAAGGGAUUAUGUGAAUGGGUUCUAGCUUUAGAUGAAUAUGAAAAAGUACUCACUAUUGUUAGACCGAAAUAAGAAAAGUACCUUCAAUCACAAUAGGAAGUAGCAAGAUUGUCAGAGUCAUUGAAGGUAUUAUAGUAAGAUUUAUCUGUUUUAACAGCCGAGAUUAAUAAGUUAGAAUUGGCUUAUUAGGAGACUAUGAAUAAUCAAUAGCAAUUAGAUAGAGAUAUUAAAGAAUGUGAAGUCAAGUUGCAAAGAGCGACAAAGUUGAUGGAAGGAUUGGGAGGAGAAAGAGAGAGAUGGAGUAAGUCGUCUGCCAUUUAUGAAUAGAGAUUAAAAUAAGUAUUGGGAGACAUUAUACUGUCAUCAGGAACUAUUGCAUAUUUGGGAGUCUUUAGUAAUAAUUUCAGAUAGAAAACCAUCAAAAUGUGGAUGGAUAACUUAAAGGGCAAUAUGCAAUUCUCUGAAAACUUUUCAUUACAAAACAUUCUUGGAUAACCAAUUUUGAUUAGACAAUGGAGAAUGAAUGGAUUACCCAGUGAUUAGUUCAGCAUUGAAAAUGGAAUUAUUAUGAAUAGAUGUCAAAGGUUCCCUCUGUUAAUAGACCCACAAGGACAAGGCAAUCGAUUUAUUAGACAAAAUGAAAAAGAUAUAAAAUUAGUUAAAUUCACUGACAGUGAUUUCUUGAGAACAUUAGAAAAUACAUUGCAAUUCGGAUAACCAUUACUAAUUGAAAAUUUAUAUGAGGAUAUUGAUUCCACUAUUGAUUCUGUCUUACUCAAGCAAAUAUUCAAAAGUGCUGGUGUUAUGUCAGUCAGAAUCGGGGACAAUAUUAUACCCUAUAAUAAAUAGUUCAAUCUGUUCAUGACUACUAAAUUAAGCAAUCCUCAUUACACUCCAGAAAUAAGCACUAAAGUUACAAUUAUCAAUUUCACCAUUACUUAAAGUGGAUUGGAGGAUUAAUUACUAGAAAUAUGUGUUAGCAAAGAGUAACCGAAUUUAGAAGAGGAGAAGAAUAGAUAGAUUUUAUAGUAACACAAAAACAAACAGGAGUUGUAAAAAAUAGAGGAUCAGAUUCUGAGAGUUUUAAAUAAGGCUGAAAAUAUUUUGAAUGAUGAGGAGGCUAUUCAAAUUUUGUAGACUUCUAAAGAAAAAUCAAAAGAUAUUGAAGAGAAAUAAGAAACAUCAGAAUACACAGAGAGGAAGAUUGAUGAAGCCAGAGUUCAAUACAAACCAAUUGCUAUUCAUGGAGCUUUGCUUUUCUUUGCAGUCAUUUCCCUAGCCUAAUUAGAUUCUAUGUAUUAGUACUCUUUAUCUUGGUUAUUAAAUUUGUAUUAGGAAGCAUUCAUCAAAAGUGAACCAAGUUAACGUAUUCAAUAAAGAAUAAAUAACAUUAAUAAUAUGACACUCCAUUUAUUAUAUAAUUAAGUUUGCAGAGGAUUAUUUGAAAAAGAUAAAUUGCUUUACAGUUUCAUCAUUUUGAUCAAAAUUCUUGAAUAAAAGAAGUAAAUAGAUUUUGAAGAAUUUUCCUUCAUUAUUAGAUAAAUUACUGUUCCCACUGAAGUACCAGAAAAUCCUUACAAAGAAUGGUUACCAAACUAAGCAUGGGCAAGAAUAUAAGUGUUAAUGAAAGUGAACAAGAAACUAUCAUAAAUUGUAGAUAGUAUGCAUAAUUUCCCUGAAGUCUGGAUGGAAUUACUAAAUUCUCCUGAAGGUCAUUAGGUUAGAUUACCAGAACCUUUUGUCGUCAUCACACCCAUUUAGAGAAUGUGUAUUAUUAAAGCGUUAAGACCUGGAAAACUACCUAAAGUGAUACAAGACUUUGUCUCUUCUGAAUUAGGAGAUAAAUACAUUUAACCUCCACCAUUUUCACUCAAUUCAUCAUUUCAGGGUAGCAAUCCAAAAUCCCCAUUGUUGUUUGUAUUGCCUGGUACUGAUCCAAUGAAUGCUUUACUUAAUUUUGCUAAAUAGAAAGAUAUCUAACUAAGAUCUGUUUCAUUGGGUUAAGGAUAAGGAGUAAUUGCUGAAAAGGAAAUAGAAGAUGCUAAGCAAUCAGGAACAUGGGUAAUAUUGUAAAAUUGCCAUUUAUAUCCAUCAUGGAUGCCAAAAUUAGAAAAGAUUAUAGAGGAUAUACAAACAUAGAAAAUGCAUAAUCAUUUCAGACUCUGGUUAACCAGUUAUCCCAGUGAAGAUUUGCCUGCAUCUAUUGUUUAGAGUAGUGUGAAGAUGACAAAUGAACCUCCAACUGGUAUCAAAUCGAAUCUAUAGGUCAGUUAUUCUAGUGCUCUCUAUUAACAAUUAGAUUAUUCAAAUAAGAAACUAUCAAAACUAUUUUAUGCAUUAUCAUUUUUCCAUGCUAUAUUACAAGAACGUAGAAAUUAUGGACCUAUAGGUUUUAAUAUCUAUUACGAUUUUAAUCAAUCUGAUCUAUUUAUAUCAAUAAGGCAACUUUAAUAAAUGGCUGCAGAUGUCUCUAUACCCUUCCAUGCAUUACAUUACCUUAUUGGAGAAUGCAACUAUGGAGGCAGAGUGACUGAUGAAAGAGAUAGGAGAGUAGUAAGAGCUCUUUUAGAUGAAUAUUUAACUGAGAAAGUCACUUAAGACACCUUCCAAAUCCAAGAUUUCCCAAUCAUUGAAGGAUUAUCAUAUGAAGAAUAUCUGAAUCAAUUGAAUAAUCUACCACUAGUUCAACCUACUCAUCUUUUUGGAUUCCAUCCCAAUGCUGAAAUUAUGAAGGAUUAACAAUAUACUGAUGAGAUCCUAAGAAAAUUGUAACAAACACUCGGAUCCUCAUAUAGUGAAGGUUAAUAAAAUGAUGAAUCCAAAAAGGCAGAAAAUGUCCUUAAAUAAUUAUGUGAAGAGUACCUUGCUAAUUUCCCUAGAAAAUUUGAUAUGGAAAUAGCAAAUGCUAAAUACCCUCAUGAUUAUAAGAACUCUUUUAAUACAGUUUUCUAAUAGGAAAUAUCCAGAUUCAAUAAAUUGAUCUCAAUCAUUUAGUAAUCAUUUAUUGAUACUUUAAAUGCUAUUAAGGGUCUAACAGCCAUGUCUGAUUAAUUGGAAAAAAUUACUCAAUCAUUUCUAAUUGGAGCAGUUCCAGAUUAAUGGAAAAAACACAGUUAUCCUUCAUUGAAACCAUUGGCAUCUUAUCUAUAGGAUUUCCUAAGAAGAAUCAGAUAUUUCCAAAAUUGGCUAGAUAAAUAGAUCCCCUAUGUCCAUUGGAUCUCUGGUUUCUUCUUUACUCAAUCCUUCUUGACUGCUGUCCUACAAAACCAUGCUAGAAAAUACUCAAUAGCAAUAGACAAAUUAGACUUUGACUUCCAAUUUCUUGAAGAGCCUCAACUUAAUUUUGAAAUUAAUUAAUUACCUCGAUAAGUUAACGGUAACCUAUUAUCAUUUAUAUUGUAGAUGGCACUCUAAUCUUUGGACUCUUCUUAGAAGGAUGCAGGUGGGAUUAUGGUCGAGAAAUGAUUGUUGAAUCUAAUCCUAAAGUACUGACGACUCUGGCACCUAUCAUUUGGCUCAAACCAAUAUAAGGGGAAGCAGACACAAGAAACUAAUAUGUUUGCCCCGUCUACAAAACUGCUGAAAGAAGAGGUGUUCUCUCCACCACUGGUCAUUCUACUAAUUUCAUUAUGAAUGUCAAUAUGCCAACUGAAUAAUCAUAACAUCAUUGGGUGAAGAGAGGCGUAGCUAUGCUUUGUUAAUUAACUGACUGACUGAAC